AAAAAAGGUCCACGGAGUCUUUCAGAUUCACGCAGAUAUCUUAAACAGAGACGGAGAAAAAUGUUCAAGGCAGUGUUUGGACAAAAGAAGCAUAAAGGAGGGAGAAUAGCUGAGACGAGGAGGCACAAACAACUUGGUUUGGAGGUGCAUCCUCCCAAGCCACUGACCAAGGGCUUGUCCAUUUCUCUACCAUCCUCUCCUAUGCUCCCUCGCCACGACGACAUCGUUCCAUCCCAUUCGUGCGCUCAAUUCCCAGGACGACAUGUGGAUGGCUGGCGCGACUGGAGAGGACCGCUCGUUGCUGCCUCGUGCCGUGGUGAGACACACCUCAGAGACAUCCACGUGGAGCCCCUGCCGGGCUCCUCCCUUUCUUCCCAGGAACUGAUGACCAGAUUAUGCUUCUUAUUGGGAGAAGCAACGCCCCGCAUAAUUAGCUCUCCUAUGGAGGACAGUAGUGAUAGGAAGGGCGAUGCCUUCGCUCAGGGAGGCAGCCCCAGCUCCACACUGACCUGCAGCACAGCAUCUCCUUGUCCCGAGAGCCCCUCAUCCACCUUGAGCGGCGGUGGCAUCUGCCAACCUCUGGCCCCGCCUUCACCACAUGGCGCCGGUGCCGGCUUCAGCCCCAGCGGGACCCUAUCCAGCCCCAUGCGCAACACCGCCCAAUGUUCUCCUGCCGGUGGAAUUGGCCUCGGCCCACCUCCGCAAAGUCCCACCUCCACACUGGAGAGCAAAGAUAGUGGAAUCAUAGCGACCAUCACAAGUUCUUCUGAGAACGAGGAGCGAAGCGUCUCCAGUUCAGAUCUGACCGUGGAUGAAUCCCCUGGGGGCAGCGUGGUCGUCAUGGGCCACACCAGCGAGGACAAGCAUCUUGGGCUUCCUCGGGGUAAUCCUGCCAUCCAAAUUGAGGAGUCCUUAGUGAGGGCAGAUAAGCCCAGGACACCCCCGCCACCUAAGAGACCCCUCCCACAGCACCAAAUACGAAAUGCCUCGUCCUUUGGGAUGCCCCGUCCAAAUUCCGUGGCAGCAACUUGCUCCACUAGGCUGGAGGAUCUAACGUAUUUGGACCAGCAAAAGGUUGGCCGGCACAGGGGCUCUUUUCGCAAGCUAAACACACCUGGACGAACUAAUGAGGACUCCAAAGGGAGAUUUGCCCACUUCAAACAAGCCGACAUUAUGUUAAAACCACUGCUGUUCGAAGUUCCUGGCACGACCACGGAAACGCCUUUCGUGGGGCGGGACUGGCUCUUUGCCCGUCUGGAUGAGGUUUUAAGGAAAAGCAGCAACUGCGAGGGAAGAGGGGCCGUGAUAGUGGGAAAUGCCGGCUCGGGCAAAACGGCUAUCAUGUGGCGUCUAGUGGCGCUCAGCUGUCACGGCUUGCAACAUGGAGUGCCUCAAAGCCCGAACGCCUCACCUAAAUGUGGGGAAAGGCAGCGGAAGGCUGCUUCCAAACAAGCCGCCGAUUCCCAAAUCAACGCGAGUGCUGUUACAGGAGUGGCAGAUCAGAAAAAAGAAUUUGCCAGAUGUCUGGCGAACAAGGUGGUCGCUUACCAUUUCUGUCAGGCUGACAACACAUACACCUGCCUGGUUCCAGAAUUUGUUCACAGUCUGGCCGCCCUAAUGGCCAGAUCACCUCAGCUCAGCCCGUACAGGGAGCUGCUGAUUCAGGAACCUCACCUCCAGAAUACGCUCAGCUUGCGCUCCUGCGUCCAAGACCCCAUAGCUGCCUUCCGAAAGGGGGUCUUGGAGCCCAUGGCCAAUCUGCGCAAGGAGCGAAGGCUGCCUGAAGAAGACUACAUCAUCUUGGUUGACAGCCUCAACGAGGCCGAAUUCCAUAAACCGGACUACGGGGACACCAUUGCCACCUUUAUCACAAAAAUUGUCUCCAAAUUCCCCAUUUGGCUCAAGCUGGUAGUCACAGUGAGGACAGGCCUCCUUGAAAUAACCACCCUGCUCCCGUUUUCUGGCAUCUCGCUGGACAUCCUCCCCGACAGUAGCGACUUGGGCGCCGACCUGAGCGACUACAUCCAUCACCGAGUGAGUGGCAGCGCCCGCAUAGCCGCCAACGUCACCACCGCCACGGGGUCGGCACCCGACCCGCUGCUUCUCAGCAAGUUCAGUAGUCACCUGACUACGCGGAGCAACGGUUCCAUCCUCUACCUUCAGCUGACACUGGAUCUUUUCCACAAAGAGCACCUAGCACUGAAAGGGGGGAACUACCUGGUCGUACCUGUGUCCCUGUCUGAGGUGUACCUACUGAUGUCCCGCGUGAGCUUCCCAGACAAAGACGUCUUUGAGCGAGUGCAUCCGGUGCUAAAUGUGGCCCUGGCAUCGUUGCACCCACUGACGGAUGAGCAAAUGUUCCGCACGCUCAAUGCGGGCAGUGUGAGAGGGGAGAUGGAGUGGAAGGACUUUCAGCAGAGAUUAGACAGCCUGGCUGGAUUCAUGGUGAAGCGCAGAGAUGGCACACGCAUGCUGUGCCAUCCCACCUUCAGGGAGUGGCUGGUUUGGAGGGCAGAUGGCGAGAGUACAGACUUUCUCUGUGACCCGAGGAGCGGCCAUGCUCUCCUGGCGUUCAUGUUCUCCAGACAGGAGGGCAAGCUGAACCGUCAGCAGACCAUGGAACUAGGACACCACAUCCUCAAGGCUCACAUAUUUAAGGGUUUGAGUAAGAAAACCGGGGUGUCCUCCACUGUCCUGCAGGCCUUGUGGGUGAACUGUAGCACAGACAGCCUCUCUGCUGCACUUGCAUCACUACGGAACCUGUACACGCCUAACAUCAAGGUCAGCCGUCUGUUGAUGUUGGGUGGUGCUAAUGUUAACUGGUGUACAGAAGUGGUGGGCCACGCCCCCAUCCUGGGUGUCCACGCCCACCUGGGACAUGUGGAGAUGGUGGGCCUGCUCAUAGAAAUGGGCGCGGCCGUGGACAUGAGCACCGACAGUGGCAUGACGCCUCUGUGCUUGGCGGCUGCCGCUGGACACGCGGGUGUCAUAAACCUGCUCUGCAAAAAAGGGGCCGAGGUGGGCCAAACUGAUAAGAAUGGCCAAUGUGCACUGGUUCACGGUGCACUCAAGGGCCACACAGAGAUCGUCAACAUCUUGCUGGGCCAGGAUUGGGCCCCCGAAGCCCCAGCUGAUGCACAGCAGCACCAGAGAACCAGUGGAAAAAAGCAGGCUGUACAGCAGGCGGUAACAGCCGCAGCCAGCGUAGGACACACAGAGGUGGUAAAGAGCUUGCUGGACUUGGAAGAUGAACAUCUGGCAGUGCAGAUGGACACUCACGACUCCCUCUGGGGAGAAACGGUGUUGAGUGCAGCAGCAGGCAGGGGAAGAAUGGAGGUGUGUGCACUCCUUUUGGAGCGAGGGGCCGGAUUUGAGGUGCCAAACCGCAGAGGAAUGGUCCCCCUCCUCAGUGCCGCCAAACACGGACACACGCAGGUGGCAGAACUGCUGCUGAAACACGGAGCAGAGGUCAGUGUGUGUGACAAGCAGGACCGGACAGCGCUCAUAUUGGCCGCCUCAGAGGGCCACGGCAGCACGGUGGAGAUGCUUCUCUCUAAAGGUGUCGGUGUAUCGGCUAUGGAUCAGGAAGGUCUGACUGCAAUUAGCUGGGCCUGCAUGAGGGGCCACAGAGGUGUGCUGCAGCCUCUGGUGGAUGCUGGUGCAGACCCAAACCAGGCAGACAGGCAGGGACGCACUCCUCUCGACCUUGCCGCCCUUAACGGAGAUGCUGAUACAGUACACUUUCUGCUACAACAUGGGGCGGUGCUCGAGAGGACGGACAGCAAUGCGGGCAGGGCUGCAGAGCGAACGGCUGGCUGCCAGAAUCCGGCCCUGGUGGCCUCGUUACUCAAGAAGGGCUCCAAGAUGGCACAAGGCUACAGAACAGCACCACAUGAUCGAUCAGGUCACGCUACAUGGGCCAUGGCUUCCACCAAACCAGACAUCCUCCUCAUCCUGCUGCAUAAGCUCAUGGAGGAAGGAAACCUGCUUUACAAGAAGGGACGUAUGAAGGAGGCCGGCCAGCGUUACCAGUACGCGCUAAGAAAGCUGCCUCGGGAGGGCCAGGGGGAAGAACUAAAAGGGCUCAAAGACCUGCGGGUGUCUCUCUAUCUCAAUCUGUCCCGCUGUCGAAGGAAAACCAAUGACUUUGGCAUCGCUGAGGACUUUGCAACAAAAGCUCUGGACCUAAAACCCAAGUCCUAUGAGGCCUAUUAUGCAAGAGCACGGGCCAAAAGGAGUAGCAGGCAAUUUGCUGAGGCGCUGGCAGAUCUCCAUGAAGCAGCACGACUCUGCCCAUCCAACCGGGAGAUCCGUCGCCUGCUGGUACGAGUGGAGGAGGAGUGCACACAUCAUCAGAGGAUAUCCAGCAGCAGCAAUGCAUCGCAGAGUUUCAACAGGGACCCCCACAGUCACCACUAUCACGCAGCCGAGGAUGAGGCUGACGUAUGUUCACAGGGAAGUCUAGAGAGACCGAUCCCAGAGGAACAGUCAGAUCUACAGCACGAAGAUGAAGAGGAAGAAGAUGAACUGAGCCUUCAAUGUGAAAAGGGCUCACAGUUUUGGCCUCUGAAUCCGUACGGUCCAAACAGGACUCUCCCUGGAGGUUCAGCCUACGGGUUAGUAGAUCAGACGGCGUGUUUUCCUCAAGAGGAUUAUGUUCACAACCCACAUUUUAUGGACCUGCCUGAGCCGCUUCUUGCAGUCCACAAGCAAAGUCAAAACCAGAGUGGCAAGACUCAUCAUCAGUGUCACUCCCUGCAGUCAGGCACUAGAGUGGGUGGCAGGCCUCUAUCUCUCUGCGGACCCUCCAGUCCUCUGCUAGGGAGACACAUUUCCAGCUCCCUGAGGCCGACACCUGUGCUGGCCCUCGACACGGAACAUUCCAGGCUCAGUCCUACAGAACACUACCAUCCCAUGUCCCCAAACAGCUCCUCCCCACCGGGUCCUAUCCAAAUGUACCACCCCCGUUCGUCUAGCUUCUCCAGAGGUUCUGACAGACUCUCGACCCACUCUCUGGCUAUAGAUGGUCUGGCGCUUGCUCUGGGUUCAGUCGUGGAAGUCAGGAGGGAGACUGGCGGAGCAGGGACGGCAAGCUCGAGAGGUUCUAGCUCCAGUCAGGCCUCAAGUGGUAACCAGUCAGACAGCGGCAAGCAGCAGGUGAUAGAGCCCCCGUGCCCUCUCAGAAGCAGCGGAAGCUUCAAGUCCAAAGGCGAGAUAAAGCCGCGGCCUUUCAUGGGGGUCAUGGACAAAGCGGUUCGAGUGCAGAACCAGCAGACCUCUGGUUUUGGGCGACAGGGACAAGGAGGAGGCGGUGUGGAAAGUUUCAACAUGUCACUCAUGGAGUUCCAGGGCUUGAACAAUGAGUAUAAACGCUCUUCCUUCCAGGAGCCGCUCUCUGGAAGUUGUGCCAGCAGCCAACAGGGUCGGGACUUUGGAGAGAGGUUGCACCAGCGAGAGGCAAGAGCAACUGUUUCAUCCCAUUUACAUUUUCCUGAUGGGAGGCACAGACAGGCGAGUCUGACCAGAGACAACCCAACACUGCAUAUGGCACCCAUCAAGCCCAAACGGUCUUUUAUCGAGUCCAAUGUCUGAAUAAUUCGUCAAAGCACAAAACAGUCCUACACAAGGUAGUUACGGAGAGAGCCUGUGUGUCGACUUCUGCUGCAGCGUUGCAUUAGCAAUCCAGAACCAACUAAUGGUCUGCUUAUGCUUGCCUUCUUUACAGUACUAGCGUAUUAAAGAAAACCACACAUACUUUGAGUCGGCUUUUCAAAUAACUAGUAUAUUAUAUUCAAUUCAGAAUAUUUGUAAACAAUCAGCACAAAAAAAAUUCUGGGAAGCAGAACAUCAUGCACAAAAAUGUAGUUCAUUUAUUAAAAUUUAGAAAUUCAUUUAUAAUCAUUUAUUUCCCCCCAAAUUUGAAUCGUAACUCAUGAGUUGUCCACUUUUAACUGCUUCAGUUCCACUCACAUUGAUAGGCGUCCAUUAUAUCCUUUGCUUUCAAAUUAAAUCACUGUCACUAGUAGACGUCCAAUCCAUCUGAACAGGGAGGGUUGCAGCGAAUCAACGUUUGUUUAUUCGCAUUUGAAAACGUUUUGCUGCCACAUGUAAGACUGUGCGAUGUCUUUAAUUAAGUAUAAGCUUUGUGCACAUCAUAACAAUAAUAAACCUCACACUAGUUGCAGGAUAAGACCAUUUUGAUUGUCAAGUGUCUUUGGAAAAACAUUUAUAUUUGUAUGAUAAACACUAUAUUUGCAAAUGAUAGAUUUCCUUGUGAGUGGUUCUCUGUGACUAUUCAGCCUUGUAAAAUACUUGCAGUACACCUGAUUUUUAUUUCAAUACAGGUAAGACGAUAGUGUUAGAACCUUCUUGUCAAUGUAGGUUGCUUCAAUAUUUACAAUCUAUAUAUAUGGCAUUUAUUUUUGCAUAGCAGAUGACUUAUGAAGUGUUUAUUGGUUUUAUUGAACACAAGCAGUCAAGGACUAAAAUACAUCAUGUACUUAUUACAGUUAUGUCUAUAGUUGUCAUAUAUGCUUUUCAUGCUAUGAAUUACAGAAUGUUGCCACAAAUAAUGUGGUAAAAUAAAAAGAAAAAUAAUGACUAUAUUUCAUUAUUUAUGCUUCUUUCACAGUCCAGUACGUUUGCUGGGUAUAGACCCUACUCACCUACGUCACAAAAUGACGUGUCGCUGUAUCCGGCCGCCAUAUUGUCCGUAUUUUUUAGACUUUUCUCAUUGUUUUCAAUUAGUCGUGCAAGUUAUAGAGCAAUUCAUGGAAGCCCCGGUGUUAUCUGACGCUGUGAACUCAUUGGAUGCGUUGCAUAAAAGGCGUUAUGUGGAAAAGCUUCAGUUUAUCCAUUCGCCAGAUCCAUAUUUGAUGCCUAAAUCGAUGUUUUUCGACCCGCUGUCUUCGCCGUCUUUGCCUGACAUCUGCUAGCUACCCUGAUAUUUACAACUAUCUUGUCCACACAAAAUCAGCCUAUUCUCACGAAAGUUUGAAAAAUUUUAAGAGCUUGGAGGCUUAUAAAUACUUCGUUGCUGGUUGGGUGAAACAGGUCCUUGUCCACGAAAAUUCGGCAGGAAUCUAUCGUGUGCUCGGGAGGGUGAGUUACGAAAUUUUCAAUUCAAAAUCUUUUGUUCUUGCUAACAUCCACUGUCAAGUCUAAUGUAUUUCAUGUCAUUUGUCAAUGGAGCUAGGGCUUUUGAUGUUUAUAUGGUUUAGCGAUAGCACUCUCACUACAUACAUAUAUAAUAUGUAAUAAAUAUGAAGUGCGAUAGCACUACUCCAGAUUGUCCCUAGUUGAAUUUAUUUUUUGGCUUUUGACCUCAAUAGUGAAGCUGUAAAUUAAUUGUAUGACAACUGUCUGAUUAUCCCCUUAUAAUUAUAUAUUUUCAGGUAGUUCAUUCACAACGUCUGAGUGUAUGUUGUCGGCAAUUAGCCUAGCAAUGAUCUUAAUUGUGGUUGUCAGCCCAAAACCCUGUAAAUAUAUAUUAAAUGCAUCUUACCAGAUAUAAAAUGACUACUACAUAAUCUGUGGUAGUCGUUUGGAGCCCAGUUUUCUCGUCGAAUUGCAGCAGUCAAUCUCGGUCUCCUCUCUGGGUCUCUCGGAAUACGGUAAAACUUCAAGUUUCUCCGUCUAUCUUCUCUGUUUUUGCAACCGACCGCCACACACGACUUCACCAUUUUGAUUAUUAAUGUUAACAAGCAGAAAAACACGCCAUAAUAGGAGGAAUUUACGAAGCGCUAAUGCAUUAACAUGACGAGUAUACGGACAACAUGGCGCGGGGGCGUGGCUGUGACGUCACGUGAGUAGGGUCUAUAAGUAGGGACAAUAAACAUUCAACUAUAUGGACAUCAAAGAUAAUUGCCAUGAAAGCACAAGUUUUGUACAAUGUACAAAAAUAAUCCAACAGGCAUAGAUCCAUCCACAUUGUAAAUGCUGGGACAAUAAAUUAUUCGGACGCAUUAUUCGAGGAGAACAAGUAAUAGUUACAUUUAUUAAAGUAUAAAACAUGUUGAACAAGAUAUCUGUUAGCGUGGUUUUAAUUUUCAGUGACAUAGAUGCACAUGACAAACAUAUUGCAAAUAAAUAAAUUUAAAAAAUCACUUCUCAUGUUGCCAAGUAACCCUUUCAGGGACAGUGGACAUCUAUUCAACAGUUAUUAUUAGCCUAACUCAUUCA